UUCAACGACUCAGGGGACAACCUAUUCCCUACAUUUUUGAACCUAACGGGAAAGCUUGUGAGGAAAUUUUUAACAGAUCCCAGGAAACAGUUUACACAAAAUUGGUAUGCACAAAAAGGGUAUCUACCGGUACAAGUCAUUCUGUCGGUACAAGUUGUCAUUGUCCAAAUACUAUCCUUGCCAGCCCUGGUCGUGGUUCUAAUGGCAUGGAUCGUUUAUGAACUUGGGCCUGUUGCAUGCACUGUGCUCUCACUGUGGCGCCUAUGGCAGCACGAUUAUUGCAACACCGCAUGUGAUGACAACAAAGCAAACCUGGUGCCAGCACUGAACAUAUUCUACUGUUUGGUUAUUGGCCAAGGUGUGCUCUUCUUCAUAUGGUGGCUGAUGGAUAUGUCAGUGAUGUGGGUUGUGGUUUUGUUCCGGGAAGAAUCUCAGUUACCAGAAAAGUGGGGCAGCAUAACAAUUUUAGAUUACCUAUAUGAUACCCGAGCAAAAUGCUGGCGAGACCCUACAUCCCUAGAUGGUAGGAAUUUGAUCAACUAUGCUGUUGAUUUGAUUGACUCGGAAUCGCAGAAAGACUACCUCUCAGGAGCAAGGAUUCUCGACAACUUCAUUAAGCUGGACGCAGAUGUAAGGUCCCUGCUACUCCCCUCAAGACCAAAGAUUCAGAAGCUGAUUGAUACGCUAGGAUGGAGAUGCAGCAACAGAGAGCUCAGGGAGGUCGUCGCCAGUAUCGUCGCAUACCUUGCCGGUGACAUUCAUCUGUCCCAGUUCCCAGGGGCCAUACACUGCAUAUCCUCCCUGUUUGAUACCACCCUGCCGUAUUGGAACAACCAACAAGGAACCAAUCAUGUUACUGUUAGUGAGUCAAAAAAAGAUGCUGACGGUGCUAGGGAAAGUUUUAUUUCUCUUGCCAAAGGCAUAGAGGAAUAUAGACGAAGAAGAGUUGCUGGUUUCCCUAAGAAAAAAUCAAUUUCUGUUCUCAAAGGCACCGAGGACAACAAAGCAAAAAUUGUCAGAAAUCAAGGUGGUGACAUUCCGCAAGAUGGAGAACUUGGCAGCAAAGGAGAUUGCUGGAAUGAGCUGAUUCUACAAGGCCUGACAAUUCUUGAGAAGCUCGUCUUCGAUCAACACAACUGCAACGACAUAUGCAAUACUUCUGGUCUCAUCCCUAAGAUCAUGGCACCUCUGUACUCUGAGACACUAAUCCAAGAUAUCAAUGUAAGUGCAUGUGACGAUGUAGUGAAUGGGUCACUCAAAGUGAUACACAGGUUAAUCCGUGCUCCAAACUGGAUUGGCAGAAGUGAUCUGGUCCACAAAAUCUGUUCCAACGAGCAUGCACUGAGCAACCUGGAGAGAAUUCUUUAUCAGGGAAAAAAUGAUGGUACAGAACUACAGAUGCGAGCCAUAGAAAUCCUGACAGAACUGGCCAUUGAUUCGUCAGCCAACCUCAGCACCGAAACAAAAGAAAAUCUAAUCAGAAAGCAGUUGCAGAUAUUCCUUACUGAGGAUGAAGGGGACAAAGAUGGUUUGAACAAGGAGAAAGAUGGUAAAGGGGACAAAGGAAAGCUUAGAGUUACGGCUGGGAAAUCACUGGCAUUGCUUUCCAAGAUGGAAACUAUCUCUAAGUUCAUAAAAAAUCAACAGAACAGCAUUGCUGAUUGUCCCAAUGAAAUACUUGAUUCUAAGAACGACAUCACAUACAGGACAGUAGCAUUGGAGAUCUUGGAGAACUUGUGCACUCACCAUACAUUGGACAAGGAUAAUGUGAAGAAAGACUUGCUGCCAAAGGUCCUCAUGGAAGUACUGGCCAGUACACGAGACCUCCCCAAAGAAAAGAGAGGUCAGAGAAAAAUGUCUCGAUGGGAAAGGAAACGGGCAAGAUUUGAUGAAGAAAAUCAACUGAGGCUCAAACGCAGUGGCCAAAUCAAGAAGUCACCUGAAAAGUCAAGUGAGGAGCUAAAAGCUGAAAUGGAAUACCGAGAAGCGUUAUUGUCGCUUACUUUUGUGAUGCGUGACAAACUGAUGAGUGCAGAAGACUUCGAUGAUGUGGCUCGAAAGAUUUCUCCCGUGGAAAGUAAAUUUUUGGGGAAGCUCAGGGAUAUAGUAGAAGAAAAUUGUGAGGACAGAGCUGACUGUCUAAGAAUCGUGAAGCUUUGUGGCCAGAUUGCGGAUUUAAUGUUGCAACCUGGCCAGGACACUACCCAGCUCAAUGAAUUCCUGAAGUCAUUGGAAAAGGCUUCAAAGAUCAUGUCUAACCUUGAAAGCUGCAUGUUCUUUGCAGGGACUGAUUGCGGCGUGAAGAAGACAGCCAGUCCUCUCCUCUCCGAUCUUGUGGAAAAAGUGCGAAACUUGGUUGGUGACGAGAAUGUAGCUGUAAUUGGCUAAUUCCUACCCGUAUUCUGUCCUGUGUACCAGGAACAAACAGUCAUGUUUCUGCAGCCCUGGGCUGCUUUAUUUUCUCAUAUUUUCAUUAUAAAGCAACAUUGUAUUGUUGGAA